CCCGUCGCCGUCGCCGUCGCGGAGCCUUGCCCGGUGCGGCGGGUCGCAGCGCUCCGCUCCGCUCCGCUCCCGCGCAAGAUGCGCUCGGCGCUGCGCGCUGCGCCCCGAAGGCGCUGCCUCCCGCUGCUUCUGCUCCUGUUCGCGGAGGCUUCUUUGGAAACUGCUGCAGCAGCACUGAAUAGGAGGGACAAGUUGGAUGCCUUGGACCGAAGCAGGGGAGGGGAAGAGUUUUACCGAGACCCAGACAGCGGUCGCUAUUGCAAGAAGUGCCCCGCAGGCACUUACGUUGCAGGGCAGUGUGAAGAGCAAAAUGGCUCCAGCAAGUGUUUGCCGUGUAAAGAAGAUGAAUACAUCGAAUACCCAAACAGCUUUACCAAGUGCCUUGGCUGCCGGACGUGUAGGGAAGAUCAGGUGGAGCUGAGCCCCUGCCAAGCUGUCAGGGACACGCAGUGCGCCUGCAAGAACGGCACCUUCUGCUCCCCGGACCACCCCUGCGAGAUGUGCCAGAAGUGCCGGCCCCAGUGUCCCAAGGACGAAGUGGAGCAGGCUCCCUGCACGCCGCACAGCGACCGCCAGUGCGGUCCUCCCACCGGCACCUUCUCCGGCUUAUCUACCAACUUGAUCGCAACCAUCGUAGUGGUGGUAUUUGUGGUCGUGUUUGUGCUCGCCUUACUCGUCUGCAAGUGCUGCUGCCGACGUUCCCCAGGGGACGGGAGAGACCUCAGCGGGAAGUCCUGCAGCGUAAUGGACUACCUGUGGCGGCAGCUGACGAGGGACCAGAGGGGGGGCCUGGGGACGCAGGACAAUAUCCGCAACGAGCGGUUCUCCAGGGAUCAGCUGCUCCCCAGGGCUCCCGGUUUGGUGACUCCCAGUGCUCCGGGGCCAGAGGUGGUGCCGCCGAGGAGCUCACAUCCCAGUGUGAAACCCAGGAGGAAUCUGGUUCCAGUGCAAGGAAAAGACCCUGUUAUCCUUUUGAGACGCUCUUUUGACAUCUUUGCCCGAGAAGUACCCUGCAAGGACUGGAAGAGAUUUGGCCGAGCCCUUGAACUGCUGGAGAACGACAUUGCCCUCGCAGAGAUGAACGACAGGUAUUCGCUGGAGCCCUUCUUCCAGAUGCUCAACACGUGGCAGAACAGACAAGGGAUGAACGCCUCUGUGAACAUGCUGUUGGAGACCCUGCACCAGAUCAAUCUCGGAGGGAUCGCAGAGGACAUCUCCUCCAAGCUGGUCCAGCAGGGAUCUUUCCAAUACGAAGUGAGCUGAGGAGCAGGGCAGGCCCUGCCUCUCCCUACUUCAAGCUGAAGCCGUGAAUACCUCUAAGAACACUUGAAUUUUAUCUUUUUAUAGCCCUCCUGUGGCUCCUCUCUUUUUGAAGCCAUUGUACAGUUCAGCUGAGCCCAGAGGAUUUGAUCCUCUCAUGAAGUACAAACCUCGUGGUCCUCUCUGCUGAAGCUAUGGGCUUGACAUUGGUGCUUCCUUAUGAAAUCCAAGCCGGUGCCUUGAUUUCACUGGGUCAAUGCAAAGAGCCUAAAACUAUUGCAAGCUGCCUCUGGGACUGUCUCGUUUGGAAGUGCUGGUACUAUACGGACAUCUUCAGGAUCAGUGCAGAGAAGGGCCUUUGCAGGUUGCAGGCAUCCCUGUGGUUUUUUAACUGGAUCAUCCUUUAUUGGAGGGUUCCUGGCGUCAUGCAAUGGCUUCUGCUUGUAGAACAUCUCUAAGCUGGCCAGCAAGCUUAAUACUGUAUGCUUGAUGGGGAAGCAUUAACUGGGUUCUCGGGGAACUUUCUCAAAGCUGUUGACUGAAUUGUAUUUUAGGUGAUAGUAGUUCUGCUUGCUGUUAGGAAUCAGUUUGAAACUGGACUUUGAGGGGAGGGUGGGAAUGAUUUACUUGCUCUGUGAUCACUGGGGUUGCCUAAGAAAAGGGUCAGUGCGGGGAGCGAGUGAGCUCCUCCUCGGAGCAGGAUGGCAUACAUGGGCAGCAAACCAUCGGUGUGCCAGAAACCUCCUUCUCCAUGACCUCGGUCAAGUCGGUUAGUUCCCAUUCCCUUGGCCGUGGGGUGGCUUUGCUGUCCCUGCCUGUCCCCAACCAGUGAAUACACUGAGGUCUGAGCCAGGCCGUGGGUACCCGCCGUCCAUCCUCCAGCUGGAUGGGUUGCUCCUCAAACACUUUGCCCCUUGCUCUGGCUCUCACACAUAGCUCAGGGACAACUUGGCUGGAAAAACUACUGCAUUACUUGAGCUGACUACAUGUGCUGCCACCCUGGUACAGCCCAGCCCACCAGGACCCACCAGACUAGAUAAUCUGUACGAUCCCUUCUAACCCAAACCAGUCUGUGAUUCUGUGACCUUCCCCAGCGUGGUGGGAGAGUGCGAGGGGCAUUGCCAGCCCCUCUCCGUGGCCAGGGCUGCCCUGUGCUGCAAAGCACCCGUCCCUCCCGCUGCCACCCCUUCUCCCCCCUCCUUACAACACUCAAAAAACACAAGCAGACAGUUUGUAUUUAUGUAUUUAUUUAGUAAUUGUAAACAUGUACAUAUAUUAACUUAAAAGCUAAUAUAAAAAUAGUGUUUUUUUACUAUGCAUGAUUGUGUGUUUUUAUACAGAGCUCUGGCCCAGCCAGUUUGCUAUUUCCAGUUUUUACAUGUCUCUUUAUGAAGGA